AUGAGAAAGCUUGGCUCGAGUAUCAUCUCAAAACUAUCAUUGCAGAAGUUCAACUUAGCUCACUCAGAGUCAUACGCCGACUACAUCGAGAGCGAGUUGAUGAGGGAAGGAAGUCUUAAGGAGGACUUGCCAUACGGUUUCAAAGAUAUGGUCGGUGAGGCUAAGUUGUCUUACAGCAAGGAAAACGCUUCGAUUCUACCACCACAGGUGGAUAUGCUACCGGAGGAAGGCUUCGCUCUUCUAGAGUGGAGAAGGCAAAAUGCAAUUCGGCUGGAAGAGAAGGAGAUGUUGAAAGAAAUAAUUGAUGAAGCUGAUGAAUACAAAGCAAAACAUUAUAAGAAAUGGAAUAUCAUAUGUGAGAAUAGCAGAGCUUUCAACAGGAAGAAGGAGAAGUUUGCUUUGGAAAGCAGAGAAAAAUUCCAUGAAGAGGCCAACAAAACAUACUGGAAAUCAAUUGCUGAACUUAUACCAAAUGAAGUUCCGGCCAUUGAGAAGAAAGGUAAAAAGGUUAAAAAGAAAAGCAGCCUUCCAUUGUUGUGGUUCGAGGCCUUAAGCCUGGCAACUGGCAAGCCAACUGAUCUUUCCAGGAUGCGUCAAGUACUCGUCAAACUCAAACACAAACUCGCUCGCCGCCGCCAUCCGAACUCAAACCUGGAAAAGAGGCUAAAACCGCCGAGUCUGCUAAACCUCCAACUGUGUCCAAGCCCGAAAGGUGUUGCAAAAUGA